CAUGUUUCCGGACAACUUGGUUCAGGCGUGUUUCCAGCAAGUCUCUACAACUUAUAAAAAGGUAAAACCCUUGGUAAUCACCAGCUCGAACCACACGGACGACAAACCGGUAGACGAAUAUAUUUUGAAGCCUCAAUUGGUCUACAAGGACGGCACGAAUGUUAUGGGCAUGAUUGUUUUCUGCCUGGCGUUUGGCCUGUUGGCUGGACAGAUGGGAGAGAGGGGCAAGCUUAUGGUUCAGUUCUUUGUUGUGUUGAAUGACAUAAUAAUGAAGCUUGUUGGCGUGGUAAUGUGGUACUCUCCAUUCGGAAUUAUGUGCCUCAUCGCCGGCAAGAUCAUGGGUAUUGCCAACCUAGCAUCCACAGCCCAGCAGUUAGGCAUGUAUAUGAUAACUGUCAUCAUAGGACUGAUGAUACAUGCGAUCUUGACGUUACCAACGAUCUACUUCUUGCUUACCCGCAAGAACCCGGCUGUAUUCUUCAGGGGAAUGUUGCAGGCUUGGGUCACCGCCCUCGGCACCGCUAGCAGUGCAGCCACGCUACCCAUCACGUUCCAAUGCCUGGAGGAGAACAACAAGAUAGAUCAGCGAGUGACGAGGUUUGUGGUGGCAGUGGGGGCCACAGUGAACAUGGACGGAACUGCCCUCUAUGAGGCUGUUGCUGCUAUCUUCAUCGCCCAGAUGAAUGGAAUACAUCUGGGACUUGACGUCAUCACUGUCAGUUUGACAGCAACUCUGGCAAGCAUUGGAGCAGCCUCUAUCCCCAGUGCUGCUCUUAUCACCAUGCUGCUGGUCCUCACCGCCCUUGGUCUGCCAACUUCUGAUGUAUCUCUGCUAUUCGCAGUUGACUGGCUUCUUGACCGUAUCCGUACCUCCAUCAACGUACUGGGUGACGGUUAUGGAGCCGGCAUAGUCUACCACAUGUCCAAGGAUGAGUUGGACAAGAUGGACGCUGAAAGAAUCACAGAACUGAACGAGGGAAAACACGGCCAAGAGGUGGUUGUAGAUGAAAACUUCUGCAAGACCCACACUAACCCAUCAAGCUGUUCGGAAACCCAAUUGUGAGCUUAAUCGACCACCAGAGGAAACCUUGAUACGAGAAAUGAAAUGAAAAAAAUGUCAUUGGAAGAGAUUUCAGAAUUUUAAGAGAAUGAUCUUAUACUCUUCAAUACACAUCGAGUAUUCGAAGAUAAUAAUAACAUCUUGAUAUAUUAACGAUUGUGCCAAAUAGCAGCUGUAAUAGUAACCAAGCACAAAUAAUUUUAAUUUAUACUUUUCGAUUGGUAUUUUAGUGACAGUAAAUAGUUUUUAACCUAGGCUAGUAGUGUCUGUCAGUGUUUGUACUUUUUGUAGCAUACAUGUGAUAUUUAACGUGUUCAAAUAAGUCAACAGAAGAGCUUCAACUGCAAUGUAUACAAAUAGUAAAAGAUACCGUACUCUGUAUUGUAUGUGUGUAGAAUCAUUAGAAUACAGUUUUAAAGUUAAAACCUGAACCAUAUCAUGACCAAAAUAAAGUACUUUUAUUAGAAAAAAUCAUGCUUUAGUUUAACAAUUGUUUUGUACUAACUAAUAAAUAAUAACAAUGUAGGGAAUCAAUAAUAACAUAUCUAACGUAGCGUAGUAAAGUUAUGACAAUUAAAUAUCAAUCAUAUCCUAAUAGUACCUCUAAUUUUUUUUUAAUUGGAAAUUUUAGGAUUACUCAAGUAUACACCCCCUGACAUAUCAAAAAGAGAAUGUAUAUCAUAAGCAAUGUUCAAAUAUCUUCCUGAAAAAGACAAUAAUUUAGACUAAGUCACACUAAUACUUAUGUUAUAAUAUUAUUUGUUGAUAAAUAUAUUUUAUUAAUAAAACAAUAUUUAAACAAGUAACUUAUGUCUUGAAUUAUUAUAUUUUUAAACAUUGCAGCAUAUUAAUUUCUUUAUAACUUUUAAAGUUAACAUUUUAUAAAGCCUGGGUAAAAUUAAAUUCUUUUAUAGUUGUAUUUAAUUACAAAAUAUUUUAAUUUCAUAAUUUGUUACAAUGUUUGAUACUAAAAUUCUUUAACACAUAUUCUUUAUUGUGGCAUUUUUAUGUAGAAUAUUUUUCAUUUAAAUAGGUUUUAAGCAUCUCAAAAUGCAAAAUAUUUUAAAUCCUUUAAUAAUGAUAAAAUAAUACUUAUAUCACUCUUGUCUUUAAAAUAAUCAUGACUAAUUUUUAGGUUUUAGGAAAAGUAGGAUUUUUAAAUUGCAGUAUAUGAUAAUUAGUAUAAUAAAUAAAUAAUUAAUAAUCAGAACUGUUUUGUAUUUUAUUACUUCAAAAACAAUCAAUUUUGGUUAUUUGUUGCUAUUCAUCAACAUUGUGUUGAUGAAAGAGGAGAAAUACGCAACUGCAAAUUGAAUAUUCUUGAUCUACAUGUUUAGUAAUUUAUUGAUUAUGCCUCAAUAAAACAAAUCUCUUGAAGGUAUUAUAUUGAAAAUCUUAUUAAAAUAGAUAAUGAAAGAAUGACCACCAUUCAAAAUAAUCCAUGUUCCACCAUUGUAAAAUUCAAUAUUUUUAAAAAACCCCAGUAAUCAAAAACUUUGAACCUUUUGGCUUUAUUUUCCAAAUUAUGAGCUUUCACGGAGUUCAAAAAGUUAGAAAAUAAAAUUAAUAAUUACCGGUACUUGUUAUGUUAUUAGGUAAAUUGUGGAUAUAAAUACACAAAUACUAAAGCACAAUCACUAAAAUUACCAUAAUUUUAAAAGUACAUAUCUAAUACAUUAAACUAUUGAAAGUGCAUACAUUGUAUUUUCCGGAUUAAUAAUAACACAAUAAACUUCUCCAAGCUGUUUAAAAACUGUUACUUGGCAUUAAAUUUGUGAUGUAUUUUAAAUAAUAUGGAAUUUAAAAUUUAAUCAAUAUGAGAUAUAAAAUUAAAUUAGCUCUCUCUAAAUAACUAGAGCUGCAUUAGUAGAUAUAGUUUAAAUCUAAAUCAGUCGUUUUCUCAUUUUUUUUUUAAAUCUUUGAAAUACAACACAAUGAUAAACUAAAAUUAGUUUUAUUCUCAUUAAAUUCACAUGCCUUUAAAAACAUAUAGGAUAUUUUUACAAAAAAGAAGCAGCUCUAACGAAAUGAAUACAGUUUUGGAGAUACUAUACUGUAGAGAUUAGAAAUUUCAGUUAGCAUGAUGACCAAUGAAGACUACUUUUUUACCAACUGCUGUACAAUGUUCGUGAAAUGUAUUUGUGGACAUUAUAACAGUAUUGUGCUAUGGACGAUAACAUUCACUACAUGGACAGUCCUAUCUCUUAUUUACUCAUAUAUAAUAAUUUAAGUGUUAAUGUAUAAACUGUACUGUAUUAGUAUUAUGACAGAAAAUAAUAACUAUAUAUCAACUCUACAAUUUUAUGUUAAAUGUUAUUAUAUAGAUGUGUAAAACACAUAAAAAUAUUAAAUUUAAUCAGAAUUUACUCAAUGUUAGAAUAGGUAUAUAUUGUUACAAUUAUUAAAUAAUAGUUAUUAAGUGAUUAUUUAUCUUUGACUUAUUUAAUAAUAAUACUCAAACUAUUACUCUACACCGCACCCCUUCACUGUUUCUUGUUAGUUUUGCGCUCUAAUAUUUAAGAAUGAUUGUGUGAUUGUUAAAUAUAUAUAUAUUAGUACUGUACUUGUUUUUUAUUAUAUUAUUUAUUAUAGUUAAGAAAUUAUUUUUUAAUUUGAUGUAUCUUAUAGAGUUAUAAAUAUAGUCUUAAUUAAUUAUUUGUUACCUAUAAUUGUCUAGUAUUAGUAUUUGUUAAGUUUGUAACUUAAUUGUUUAGUAAUAUUUUGCCUUGGUUGUCUCUCGUGAUUACAAAUUUUUCAAUAAACUCGUAAAUGUGAA